GAGAACUGCAGGGAAAGUGACAACACAGCCGACACCAACAAGAGCAAAAUCUAAACCCUGAAAGAGCAGUUGACCGUUAAACUUGGACAGCUGCCUUGGCAGCCUUGCCUAGCUAUUACUGUCUACUACCGCCCUUUUCACUUGCCGUCAAUCUUUCAAAUUAUUUAUUGCAAACAACCGAAAUAGUGAGGCACUUUGGUGUUGCAUACCGAUUAAACUAGGGUUUCUUCCUUGACUUUUUAACUGAAAAUCCCCAGGCCCCCUACUACGUUGCCUUGUAUUCUCCACUACCCAAAACCCUGCGGAGUUUUCGAUACUUAUCGAGAGCACUGGUUUCUUUACUAAUCCAAGUGCUUACAAUCCCAAGUAAUAUCUUUUAGCUUGAUCUUUUCAUCGAGGAGUUCAUUUUGAGAGCACUGGUUUUCGAUCCAUGGCGAUCGUCCGGGAUUUAAGCCUAAUGUGCGGUCGAAUCAUCACUAAAAACUCGUGUUUGGAUUCGAAGAAUCGGGUUUUCGGAGCGUCGCUUUUUGGUGGCGGAUCUCGUUGUGACGAAGGGAAGUUUAAGGGAAAGUUUGGGUUUGGAGUACGGGCAGCGGUACAAGUGGGCGUGGAGGGAUCGAAAGGUUUGCGGGAGUUGAAGAGCUUAAAUGGGGUUUUGGAGGUUGAUGUGGUGUCGGAGGGUGACUUGAGGGAGAAGGGGUUCUUGGGGAUGAGGAAGACCAAGCUCGUGUGUACGAUUGGGCCCGCGUGUUGCUCGUUGGAGGAAUUGGAAAAGUUGGCAUUGGGAGGGAUGAACGUGGCUAGGCUUAAUAUGUGUCAUAAUACGAGAGAGUGGCACCGAGAUGUAAUUAGGAAGAUUAAGAGGUUGAAUGAGGCAAAGGGAUUUUGCGUUUCGGUGAUGAUUGAUACUGAAGGUACUCAGGUUCAUGUCGUGGAUCAUGGGGCUCCUUCCUCUGUCAAAGCAGAGGAUGGUUCAAUCUGGUUGUUUACUGCACAAAAGUUUGACGGAUCGCGUCCAUUCACGGUUCGAGCAAACUACGAAGGUUUUUCAGAAGGUAUCGAGGUGGGAGAUGAACUUGUUAUUGAUGGUGGAAUGGCAGGGUUUGAAGUAAUAGAAAAGAUUGGGAGUGAUUUACGCUGUAAGUGUACAGACCCUGGUUUAUUCCUACCUCGGGCUAAAUUGAGCUUUUGGAGAGAUGGGAAGCUUGUGGGAAGGAAUUAUGGGCUUCCUACUCUAUCAACUAAGGAUUGGGCUGACAUUGAAUUUGGAGUUUCUGAAGGUGUCGAUUUCAUUGCCAUGUCAUUUGUAAACGAUUCUGAUCCCGUCAGGCAUCUUAAGAACUACCUCUCCACCAAAUCAUCAAAAUCCACAAGGGUAUUGGCAAAGAUAGAGAGCUUGGAGUCUCUUCAGAAGUUGGAAGAAAUCAUAGAGGCGUCUGACGGAAUCAUGGUGGCUCGAGGUGACCUUGGAGUUGAAAUCCCACUUGAACAGAUUCCUACUGUGCAAGAAGAGAUAAUUAAUGUUUGUAGGAAGCUAAACAAACCAGUGAUUGUAGCUUCUCAGCUUCUCGAGUCCAUGGUUGAAUAUCCAAUCCCAACACGUGCUGAGGUUGCUGAUGUUUCUGAAGCAGUUCGGCAGUAUGCAGAUGCAUUGAUGUUGUCUGGUGAGUCAGCCAUUGGUUUAUAUGGACAGAAAGCUCUCUCUGUCUUGAGGAUGUCCAGCAGUCGAAUGGAAACUCGGGGUCGUGAGGACAAUCAACAAAGUCUUGUCCAUUCGUAUCAACUGGGAGCAUCAUUGCCCGAUCGCAUUGCUGAGCAGAUAUGCAAUUGUGCUGCAGAAAUGGCUAACAAACUUGGCGUGGAUGCAAUCUUUGUGUACACAAAGCAUGGACACAUGGCAUCACUCUUGUCACGGAACCGUCCAAACCCUCCAAUAAUUGCAUUCACGACUGAGGAUAGCACCCGAAUGGCUCUGAAUCUGCAGUGGGGAGUGAUUCCCCUCCUCCUUGAUCUAUCGGAUGAUAUGGAAGCUAACAUCUCGAAAAGCAUUGAUCUAAUAAAAUUGAGAGGGAUGUUUAGGGAGGGGGAUGCUGUGUUGGUCGUCUCAGAUGUCACCUCAACCCAUGCAACCCCAAUGGCUUUCCAAUCAAUCCAGGUCAAGACCAUCGCUUAGGGAGGCAUUUUUACCGGGACAAUGCUGCGUAACUCGUUCCUUGAUGACUUGCUGAAAGUGGUCGUCAUAGAUGACUUGCUGCAUAUUCAAUCGAUUUUAUUAUCUAUUACAAACUGGGAAGGAAUUAAGAACAUUUUCCUACCUUUGUCCUACUCCACCUCAUUAGUGAACACGUGAAGGGAAGCAAGAAAGAGAUUUGGAUAUGUUUGGAAAUACAACUGUUUUCAGACUACUACAUUAUUAUUCACAAACUGUUUUAUUACUAUUCAUACAUUAUUAGCGAUA